CACACCUGAACCCCACACACCUGGACCCAGCACACCUGGACCCGAAACACCUGGACCCAACACACCUGGACCCGGCACACCUGGACCCAACACACCUGAACACAGCACACCUGGACCCGGCACACCUGGACCCAGCACACCUGGACCCCACAACCUGGACCCGGCACACCUGGACACCAGGAUUUGGCCAGAAGACAGUCCGUCUGCUCCUCCCCGGGCUCCUCAGAGACUGCUCGGCCAUGACCACGGCGUGGUACCGGCCCACGUGGGACCUGGCCCUGGACCCGCUGGUGUCGUGCAAGCUGUGCCUCGGCGAGUACCCGGUGGAGCAGAUGACCACCCUGGCCCAGUGCCGCUGCGUCUUCUGCACGCUGUGCCUGAAGCAGUACGUGGAGCUCCUGAUCAAAGAGGGAUUCGAAACCGCCAUCAGCUGCCCGGACGCCACCUGCCCGAAGCAGGGCCGCCUGCAGGAGCACGAGAUCGAGUGCAUGGUUGCGGCUGAAAUUAUGCAAAGAUAUAAAAAGCUACAAUUUGAAAGAGAGGUGCUGCUGGACCCCUGUCGGACCUGGUGCCCGGUGUCCACCUGCCAGGCCGUGUGCCAGCUCCCGGAGAUGGGGCUGCAGACGUCCCAGCCGGUGCAGUGCAAGGCCUGCGCCACGGAAUUCUGCUCCGCCUGCAAGGCCAGCUGGCACCCCGGCCAGGGCUGCCCGGAGACCAUGCCCAUCACCUUCCUUCCCGGGGACACCAGUUCGGGGUUCAGGCUGGAGGAGGACGACGCGCCCAUCAAACGCUGCCCCAAGUGCAAGGUCUACAUUGAGCGGGACGAAGGCUGCGCCCAGAUGAUGUGCAAGAACUGCAAGCACGCCUUCUGCUGGUACUGCCUGGAGUCCCUGGACGACGACUUCCUCCUCAUCCACUACGACAAGGGGCCCUGCAGGAGCAAGCUGGGCCACUCCAGGGCCUCUGUGAUCUGGCAUCGGACACAGGUCGUGGGCAUUUUUGCCGGAUUUGGGCUCCUGCUCUUGGUGGCCUCGCCCUUCCUGCUCCUGGCCACCCCCUUUGUACUUUGCUGCAAGUGCAAGUGCAGCAAAGGCGACGACGACCCGUUACCCACCUAGAGGAAGGCACGACGCGGGAGCGAGACCCCUGCCUCCGGGAGGCCGGACUCUCCCCCUCCCCUCCCCUGCUCACUAAACAUCCUCUUGCCUUAUGUGCCCGCUGAGCUUCAAUGUCCCGCGGGUGCCGGGACGGGGGCUGACGUCAGAGCGUCUGCUGAGGCCCCAGUGGAGUCACCGAGGCCUGGGGGGGUGG